AGCCCACAGUGAGUAUUUUGAGGCAUGUGGCUCCUUUGUUGUAUUUCUCUACCAGGAUAAAAUUAUUGGAUUAAAAGUUGUAUUAUCAGUCAGGACUCUCUUGGCUGUGGACAGAGGAGCUCUAACUGAAAACAAAGGCAGGGGAUGGCCGGUACUGAUUGUCUGAGCAAACUUUGGCAGAGGAAGGAGGGGAGUUGCAUUUAGAGACCUGACAAGAGAUGGAAUUUUGACGUUUCCUUAUCUCUGUAAUGGGACAUAGCACGUAGAAUGCCUAAUUCACUGAGACAGCUGCAGCACCAGGCCUUUCUUCUUCACGUAUGCUUUAGGGGGUUAAGGUUUUGGCUAUGAGGUCACCCGUAGGUGACCCACCCUCCCCUCCCGCUCCCUGCCUCAGGAGUGGGGCGGUCCUGCGCCCGGGGACACGCUUAGCUCUAACCACGCCACGGCCAGGUGCCCCGUGGCCCCGCUCGAACGGAGCAGUGACGUUGCUUCUAACCCCACGGCUUCGUCUCUGCCACUCCGCCCACGGUUUCCGAUGGGAUCCCUUCCCGGCGGGACCCGGCGCAGCGGCGGGAAAGCCCUGGGGGACGCGUGAGUCACAGCGCCCCCGGCCCCGGGGCGGAGCACAGCGAGGCCACUGCGUAUUCCGGGAGCUCAGCCCGCCUGCUGACCUUGCAGGCCAGCCCAGCCCCGCCUGGACCCCAGGAGAGAAGGGGGAACACAUCAAGACUUAAGGAAAUUGUUUCAAUUGCUGAACAGGACAGACUGAACGGCGGCGAGAUGGACACCAAAGGAAACACCAGUGGUGGCCAUGAGAGCUGGGCCUCGGGACCAGGAACUCAGCAGCUCCCUGGCCUUGGGCGGGCCCUCUGAGUGGCAAGUUCUCAGGGGAAAAUGGAGAACAUCUUUAACAGAAAGUUUGUUUAGCUUCGGUGACUCACAUCUUUCCUCUGAAAAGGAUUUGGGGAAGCCAUGCUUGGUGACGCAUACCUAUAAUCCCAACAGUCUGGGACGCUGAGGCAGGAGUAUGUUAACUUUGAGCACAGCCCCAGCAACUCUGCAAGACUUUGUCUCAAAAUAAAAACUAAACUGAGAAUGUAGCACAGUUAGGCC